CUAAAAUAGCCCUUUAGAUGAUAGCCUAAAAUCAGAGGUUUUAACUGAGUUUAGAAAUUACUUACAGGCCAUUUGAAGGUAGGGAUAUCCUAUUUUCUGAUAGCCUAUGUUACCUCCAAGCAGGCUAUUAACGUCGGGCGAACGUUUAUCCAUUACUUUAACGUAAUUGACGGAAAUCUGUCCUAGCAAAAUCACUUUCUAUGUAGUUCAGUAGGCUACGAAGGUAGUCUGUGUGGCUCCUUACCUUGUGUGUGUGUGUGUGUGUGUGUGUGUGUGCGCGCGUGCGUGUGUGUGUGUGCGUGUGUGUGUGUGGAGUGGAUGGGCGGUGCUGCCUCGGGCCCCCGUUAACGGAGAGGCUGGGAUUCUGGCCCCGGGGCGGAUACGGCAGCUCGAUUUUAACAAACAGCGCAAAACAGGGGGGUGGAGGAGAGACCAGAUUACAGGACGACAGAAAACAAACACUCACUUGAAGAGCACUCACUUUCGACAGCACUUAAGGUGAUUUUAAUCACGUUAUUUUUUUAUAAGGCUACUCUGCAGGGUCUCCUUCAACUCGCAGCGCGCUCUGCUCGGCGGCUUUGUGGACAGAAGAUGCCUGGGCGAUUCUUCCCUCAGAUGAUCGGUUUGGCUGUGUGGUGGUCAUUUCUAAUCCAGUCUCCGAUCUAUUCCGCCAGUGCUUCCUACCGGCGACACGUACCUACCGCUGAGAAGAGACAGAAUUUUCUGGAGAGAACUCUGAUUUUACUGGACGUUAAUACGCGAAACCCGGUGCGGGUUUUGAAUGACAACUUCUUAUCGCUGCAAGUGGACCCGUCUAUCCUGAAGAACGGCUGGCUAGACUUCUUAAGUUCCAAGCGAUUAGUAACUUUGGCUAGAGGACUUUCUCCAGCUUAUCUGCGGUUUGGGGGCAAGAGGACAGACUUUCUCCAGUUUCAUAACCUGAAGAAUUUAGCCAAGUUUAGAGGACCAGGACCAGACUAUUACCUCAAGAAUUAUGAGGAUGACAUAGUGCGAAGUGACAUUGCCCUGGAUAAACAAAAGGGCUGUAAGCUGGCCAGUCACCCUGACAUGAUGCUGGAGCUGCAAAGGGAGAAAGCGGCUCAGAUGCAACAAGUUCUACUGAAGGAGCAGCUCUCUAACCUCUACAGCGAUGUCACAAUAACAGCCAGGUCUUUAGACAAACUGUACAAUUUUGCUGACUGUGCCAGCCUGCACCUGAUCUUUGGGCUCAAUGCCCUACAUCGGAAUCCUGACAACUCAUGGAAUGCCUCCAGUGCGUUGAGUUUGUUAAAGUAUAGUGCUGGCAAGAAGUAUAACAUAUCCUGGGAGCUGGGCAAUGAGCCCAACAGUUACCGCACCAUGGUAGCUCGUUCAGUCAACAGCAGUCGACUGGCUCAGGACUACAUUAUGCUGAAGACACUGCUGCAGUCUGUCCGCUACUACAGUCGGGCCAAUCUCUAUGGUCCCAACAUUGGCCGUCCUCGCAAAAACGCAAUCCUACUACUGGAUGGGUUCAUGAAGAACGGUGGUUCUGUUGUUGAUGCAGUUACGUGGCAACAUUUUUACAUUGAUCGGCGUGUUACUAAAGUGGAGGACUUUUUGAAGACACGUCUUCUGGACACCCUGACAGACCAGAUUACAAAGGUGUUAAAGAUUGUGAAGAUGCAUGCUCCCGAGAAGAGGGUGUGGUUGGGAGGAGUUGGACCUGCAUGGGCUGGAGGCAUCAGCAAUUUGUCAGACACAUUUGCAGCUGGACUAUUGUGGCUAAACACUCUUGGCAUUUCUGCAAUGCAAGGAAUUGAUGUAGUACUUCGACACUCUUUUUUUGACUAUGGUUACAGCCAUCUAGUGGACCAGCAAUUCAAUCCUCUACCUGAUUACUGGCUGUCUCUGCUCUUUAAGCGUUUGGUGGGCCCCAGGGUGCUGGCAGUGCAAGUUGCUGGGCUCCAAAGGAAGCCGCGUCCAGGGAAAGUGAUCCGAGACAAGUUACGCAUCUACGCACACUGUACAAGCUUUACCAAUCACAAUUAUGUCAGAGGCUCCAUAACAAUCUAUAUUAUCAACCUGCAUCGGUCGAGAAAGAAAAUAAAGCUGGCUGGGACAUUACGAAAUAAAACAGUUCAUCAAUACCUGUUACAACCCUUUGGAGCUGAUGGUCUUCACUCAAAGUCUGUGCAGCUGAAUGGAGAACAUUUGUUAAUGUUAGACAGUGACACUUUCCCUGAGCUGAAACCACGGACACUCAGAGCAGGACGAACAAUACUCAUGCCCCCGGUCUCCAUCGGUUUUUAUGUCAUCAAGAAUAUCAAUGCAUAUGCCUGUCGCAGAUAAUACACAUUCAGAUUCUUGUCUAACUGAAAAGGAACUGCCCUUCAUGUAAGCAAGGGUUGCACUGAAUACCUUUCAACAAAUAUCCCUUCUUUUCAUUCUACAAGACCAACACUGUUUCUGAAAAUGCAUUGAUUUUUCUCCUGCCUUUUUCUGCAUCCAGCUGUCACUUUGCUUUGUAGUGUUUCUUCUAUUUUGGGGGAUGUCAAGAAGAGAUGUCUUAAAUCAAUCCAGUGCCCGGGGUUUGUUUAGUCUAGAUGUCUCAUUGUGUUUGGAAUGCUGGUCAUCCUUUAGGAUAAUCUAAUAUUAACUAUUAUUAACUAAAAUAAAAGUUAUAAAAGAAAGAUAUAAAAUAUUAGAACACUAGUUGUGAUACUAGAUGCUGUAUGUUGUGGUAGAUAACAUUACCGUUCACUCCCUAAAUAAAUACUUAGCCACAUUACCGUUAACUCCCUAAAUAAAUACUUAGCCAAAUACUUGGGCAGAUCUUUAUUUUCUCUGUACAACAUGCAAAUCCUUGUCACCUUAAAAAGUUCAACAAUUUAGCACAGAGUAAUAUUAUUUUUCUUUCAAAUUGGUAACUGGACAUAGAACCUAAACUACAAAUGUGACAAAAGAAAGUAUAUUUAAUGUCUGUUUAGCUCAGGAAAUGAGUAAAGAUAUCCUCUUAUUUUAUUUAGUCUGUUUAUUGCUUCUCUCUCAUCAUACUGUACAUUAUUGGUUCUAUACCUGUGCAUGUUAUCCAAACAGACACACACAUUGUACACUGCCAUAACACUGUAAGCCUUUAUUUCAUCUGAUUUAUCUUUAUCUAUCGUCUAUCUCAGGCUCGAUAAAAAUCUAUUUUCGAACUGUACUCAGCACUACCUUAUAGAGUAUACUGUGUAAACAAAUGUACAGACAAUCCCUUGUGCUGCUAGACGUUUGGUGAAUAUUAAGGUUGAUGAGUAACAAAUUAUUUGUAACAGAUAUGAGCAUAAUUGUUCUGUGUACAUAUGUUUAUCAUAGAUGUUUUGGUGUGUGCUGUUUCUUUACAUAUAUUAUUUAUAGAAAUAUAUAUUUGUAUAUAUUUUAACCUGUUGAGAUGAAAUAUCAAAUAUUUAGUUCAAUAAAUUGUUAUCAUUUAUUUCUUUAUUAUUAUUAUUAUUAUUAUUAUUAUUAUUAAUUUUUUUUUUUUUUUUUGUAAAGCAUAUAAGAGCCCUUCACAAGUAGGGACUUAUUUAGCCAAGAAAUGCAACUGUCAUAAUGAAUGCAAAGGUACAUACUGUUUCUAUAUAAUGUUUUUCAAUUUCCUCUUAUUCUGAUUAUAAGCUUUUAAGAGAUAAAUUGUCUAAUUAUAAUGUUCAAAUCGGAGCUGAGAGACUCCUGGUUGCUGGUUUUGUAACUAGCUCAUAAGAGUUAAAAAGGUGAAAUGGUAUGAAUCCAUGUUUGAAAGUAUUCUUUCAGUCAAACAUACUUGUUAAUCAUAUGAAGUGUUUUUAUUUGCUGAUAACCUCCAGUCAUUUCAUGUUGGUAUUUAAGUAAGCAUCUUUAAGUACUUUGUUGAUACAUAGCACAAAAACAAUGUUAACACAGCCUGGUUCACUACUGGGUUUGUCUUUAGGCAAGGUCAGUGCCUGAAGUUGUAUAAUAGCAAACUUUUUGUUUACUGAUUAUUGGGAGUUGUUAAUAUUUUAUUCUUUUGCCAGAGCAUUGUUUUAUUGUGUGAAAUGUCUAUAUGUGAACAUUAUUUGCCUAAAUAUAUUUACAGUAAUAAAAUAAUAAUUUAAAAUACUUUUGUUCCAGUUGAACUAAACUAGAGUUUGAUUUUUAUUAUUGAAGCAAAUCAGCAGUGUUUAGGCAGUGAGUUUUUAGGCAGUGUUCAGGCGGUAAGUAUUUAGGCAGUGUUCAGGCAGUGAGUAUUUAGGCGGUGAGUUUUUAGGCAGUGUUCAGGUGGUGAGUAUUUAGGCAGUGUUUAGGUAGUGAGUUUUUAGGCAAUGUUCAGGUGGUGAGUAUUUAGGCAGUGUUUAGGCAGUGAGUUUUUAGGCAGUGUUCAGGCGGUGAGUAUUUAGGCAAUGUUCAGGCGGUGAGUAUUUAGGCGGUGAGUUUUUAGGCACUGUUCAGGCGGUGAGUAUUUAGGCAGUGAGUUUUUAGGCAGUGUUCAGGUGGUGAGUAUUUAGGCAGUGUUUAGGCAGUGAGUUUUUAGGCAGUGUUCAGGCGGUGAGUAUUUAGGCAGUGUUUAGGCAGUGAGUAUUUAGGCAGUGUUCAGGCAAUGAGUUUUUAGGCAGUGUUCAGGUGGUGAGUAUUUAGGCAGAGUUUAGGUGGUGAGUAUUUAGGCAGUGUUCAGGCAGUGAGUUUUUAGGCAGUGUUUAGGCAGUCAGUUUUUAGGCAGUGUUUUUAGGCAGGGUUUAGGCAGUAUUCAGGCAGUGAGUUUUUAGGCAGUGUUCAGGUGGUGAGUAUUUAGGCAGUGUUUAGGCAGUCAGUUUUUAGGCAGUGUUCAGGCGGUGAGUAUUUAGGCAAUGUUCAGGCGGUGAGUAUUUAGGCGGUGAGUUUUUAGGCACUGUUCAGGCGGUGAGUAUUUAGGCAGUGAGUUUUUAGGCAGUGUUCAGGUGGUGAGUAUUUAGGCAGUGUUUAGGCAGUGAGUUUUUAGGCAGUGUUCAGGCGGUGAGUAUUUAGGCAGUGUUUAGGCGGUGAGUUUUUAGGCAGUGUUCAGGCGGUGAGUAUUUAGGCAGUGUUUAGGCAGUGAGUAUUUAGGCAGUGUUCAGGCAAUGAGUUUUUAGGCAGUGUUCAGGUGGUGAGUAUUUAGGCAGAGUUUAGGUGGUGAGUAUUUAGGCAGUGUUCAGGCAGUGAGUUUUUAGGCAGUGUUUAGGCAGUCAGUUUUUAGGCAGUGUUUUUAGGCAGGGUUUAGGCAGUAUUCAGGCAGUGAGUUUUUAGGCAGUGUUCAGGUGGUGAGUAUUUAGGCUGUGUUUAGGCAGUCAGUUUUUAGGCAGUGUUCAGGCGGUGAGUAUUUAGGCAAUGUUCAGGCGGUGAGUAUUUAGGCGGUGAGUUUUUAGGCACUGUUCAGGCGGUGAGUAUUUAGGCAGUGAGUUUUUAGGCAGUGUUCAGGUGGUGAGUAUUUAGGCAGUGUUUAGGCAGUGAGUUUUUAGGCAGUGUUCAGGCGGUGAGUAUUUAGGCAGUGUUUAGGCAGUGAGUUUUUAGGCAGUGUUCAGGCGGUGAGUAUUUAGGCAGUGUUUAGGCAGUGAGUUUUUAGGCAGUGUUCAGGCGGUGAGUAUUUAGGCAGUGUUUAGGCAGUGAGUAUUUAGGCAGUGUUCAGGCAAUGAGUUUUUAGGCAGUGUUCAGGUGGUGAGUAUUUAGGCAGAGUUUAGGUGGUGAGUAUUUAGGCAGUGUUCAGGCAGUGAGUUUUUAGGCAGUGUUUAGGCAGUCAGUUUUUAGGCAGUGUUUUUAGGCAGGGUUUAGGCAGUAUUCAGGCAGUGAGUUUUUAGGCAGUGUUCAGGUGGUGAGUAUUUAGGCUGUGUUUAGGCAGUCAGUUUUUAGGCAGUGUUCAGGCGGUGUUUAGGCAGUCAAUUUUUAGGCAGUGUUUAGGCAGUCAGUUUUUAGGCAGUGUUCAGGCAGUGAGUAUUUAGGCAGUGUUUAAGCAGUGAGUUUUUAGGCAGUGUUCAGGUGGUGAGUAUUUAGGCAAUGUUCAGGCAAUGGGUUUUUAGGCAGUGUUCAGGUGGUGAGUUUUUAGACAGUGUUCAAGUGGUGAGUUUUUAGGCAGUGUUUUUAGGCAAUUUUUUGGCAGUGUUUAGGCAGUCAGUUUUUAGGCAGUGUUUUUAGGCAGUGAGUUUUUAGGCAGUGUUUAGGCAGUGUCUACACUCUGAACCAUUGUGUUUCCUGUGUGUUCUAUUAAAACUUUUUGAUACAAAGCAGUUUUCUGGACAAAAUAAUUAUUUAUAAUUGUAUUCAAUUACAAAUCAUUACAUAAUAAUUUUAUUUAAA